AUGAGUGGUUUCAUAGAGAUGCAGCGGGCAUGCGCAACAGUAAACAAGAACGUUAAGUUGUCGGAAAGUAAGUACAGGUAUAAGCCUCUUAACCUUUUAAGAAAACAAUUGCAAUUCCUUUACGGCUACGUACUCGGUUUCCUUAUGGCGCUCACUACUCUACUCUGCUAUGACCACUUCCUACUGCAAGCGGCACAAACGCGGCAGCACAGCACGAUCACCGAAAACUGGCAUAGUAGCAGCAUCAGCACAUCGCACCGACCCCAGAACAAUUCCAAUACACUGCAACAGCACUUGAUAGAGGAGGUGCGCGUGCUCUGUAUGGUUCUGACUACGCCUGCCCAGCAUGAAACGCACGCCGCACAUGUGAAAGCCACCUGGGGUAAGCGUUGUACACGCCUCGUUUUCCUCAGCAGUGAAACGGAUGUGAAAUUAGGCGCUGUGUCGGUCGUCGAAAGUGCAUCAGAUACAUACGAUUUGCUUUGGCAUAAAGUGCGGCAAGGAUUUCGUUACGUAUACGCCCAGUACUAUGGCGACUACGAUUGGUUUUUGAAAGCGGACGAUGAUACCUACGUGAUCAUGGAAAAUCUUCGUUAUUCGCUAUAUACUUAUCAACCUGAAAUGAGCGUAUUUUUCGGAUAUGAAUUGAUGCAGCAAAAUGUGACCUAUGUGUCAGGAGGUGCCGGUUAUGUUCUCAGCAAGGAAGCACUUCGUCGAGCAGUUAUUUUGGGUUUCACAAACUUAACGCUGUGUCCACCUGCUAACUACGCACUACCUGAAGACUAUAGCAUGAGUAUUUGCCUGCAGAAUGUGGGUGCAAUGCCUUUGAAUUCACGUUUUAUUUUGCCCAACGAAACCAAGCAAAAAAUGUUUCCCCUGCGCUUGUAUGAUUUUAUGAAUGCCAAUGAAACUCUGGUAAAUGCGGAUUGGAUAGAGCGGCUAACGCCAUACGCAGUUGAAUGGGGCUUAGAUUGCUGUUCAAAUUAUUCCAUCUCAUUCCAUUACACUCAUCCCGCCGAAAUGUAUGUGUUCGAGUUUCUUAUUUAUCAUCUACGCGUAGCUGGAAUGUUGCAGUCCCAUGCUGUCUUACCCCAAAAAAUGGAGUAUGAGGAAGUUUUAAGUAUAUUUACAAGUAAUAGAAACGAGUCUUCUAACGGGAUGCUGCUCAAAUGGGUGGAUGUAUCUUGAUAGUUUUGUAAAUAUUGCUAUUUUGUACUAUGAAUACUGCAUUUUCCAUAAAAUAAUAAUAAAUUACAUUUAGUGCGGUUUUCUCAGGUAGGUUUUAAAAUCUAGCUGCCCUUCAAACUCAGAACAGAAAUUGUGUUUAAAAGGCAGAUAGGUUUUUAAACUUA